AACAGAUGUCACAUAUAGAAUAAAUAUAUAUUCAGUACAUAGUAUAUCAAACGAUCAUACACCAAAACUGAAUUUCCGUUCAGUAUACUAAUUCGACAGAUUCUUACACCAAUAUAUUUUAUUUGUAACAAAAGAAGCACGAACUUUCUUCAAAAGAAAUGGUUUUGCGAGUUAUUCUCAUAGUACUGAUAGCAGUGUGUUUAACAGAUGCUUGGUGGGGUGGUAGUAGAAGUUCUGGAAGUUCUAGCUCUGGAUCAAGAUCAGGCUCCUCCAGAUCAUCUUGGGGAUGGGGAAAAAGAGGAGGAGGUACAAAAACAAACACACAAAUACGACCCCAUGAUAUGAACAAGAAUCGACUGACCAAUCUGUAUAACAGUAAAGUAACGAAGGUUGAGAGUUAUUCAAGGCCUCUAAAUGGGUUUCUUGGAAAACUUGGAAUAAAGCAUACUGGUGUUGUAGCUACCACUAAAGACGGCGGACGGUAUCUCAUUCACAAAGGUUCUGGUUAUGGGACUAAAUCUAGUACCAUCGUACUUAACGCCAAACAUAUGUCAAAAAACUGGAAGAAGACUGGUGAAAAACUGACCAAUGGGAAAACCAUCUCGAAUCUAAUGAAAGAUGGUUAUGUGAAUAAAAAGUAUGGCGUUGGACCAAACAGUAAAAUUUGUUGGCAGUCUUCUGGUAACAUCAUGGAUAAGGCGGGGAGGAGGAAGCGAGUAGCCUGUUAAUGGAUACUCUAGUUUGCUGCAAUGUCUCUUUGUGAACAGAUUUGAACAGAAUUCAGUGUAUACCAACUGAUUACUUGUUGUAUAAACAAAACGAAAUUAAAAUAAAAAUUAUUUGAAAU